GGGUUUGGAAAAGCGUUAUUAGCCUAGGUUUUGAAAAGCUCAACCAGCCACGACGCAAAGCUUGGCAAGCAGUUUGCAGCACAACAGAAGAGCAAGAUGGAGGAGAGCCAGAAGCCUUUUCAAGUAGACCUGGGAAAUCUCUUGGCUUUUAACCCUUUUCACAACUUCCCCUCCCUCUCCACUUCCAGGGAUGAGGUAGUUAAGGCAUGUCUAGAGGAGGGUACCAAAUUAGUUCAAGCAGUUGCCGAUCGUCUUUUUAACUUACCUUCGACGGAAGAUGUAGAUGGGCCGCUUGUGAAGCUGCCUCACUCGACAACAAAACUUCCAAGGGAGAAGCAUCUUCCGAAGCCUAAACCGCCUACAAAAUGGGAAGAGUUUGCUAAAAAGAAAGGUAUAAAGACACGUAAAAAGGACAAAGUUGUAUGGGAUGAACAAACUGGUACAUGGAAACGUCGCUAUGGUUAUGAUCGUGUUAAUGAUGAUAAAGACAUACCCAUCAUUGAUGCUAAGAUGACUGAUGAGCCAGGUAUGGAUCCUUUUGCAAAAAGACAAGAUGAUAAGAAGAAACGAGUUGAGAAGCAAGAGAAGAAUCGCCUGCAGAACUUGAAACAAGCUGCAAAAGUUGGUGCUUUGCCAAGCCAUGUUCAGCUUGCUGCUACAGCUUUGCCCAUAACAGGAACCCAGGCUCCAACUAAGAAAGUUACUAAAGAUGAAUUGGGGAAUGCAGCUGGGAUGGCUGCUACUUCUACAGCCAGUGGUGGGAAAUUUGAUAGGAAGUUGCCAGGAGAAAAACCUGCUAAAAAGCAGGGAAAGCACCGCAAGUUCUUACCAGUUGUUGAGGGAUCAGGGAUAGGCUCACAAGAGAAGGAGCAAACUGAGAAUGUUCUGAACAAGCUAAUUGCCAAGCAUUCCCAUGAGAUACUUAAUGUUGACAAGGCUGUUACCAUGUACAAUGUGAAGAAAGAGAAGAAAGCAAGGAAUAGAAGGAACCAAGAAGGGAAGUCCUCAUCCAGUUCAAACAAGUUGAAACCGAAAAAGCAACUUCAUAAGAAGACUGCAAAGAAAGGAUCAGGAUCAUCCAAGAAAGGGAAGGCAAAAUGAAAUUAUUAGUUGGUAAUCAUUUUGGUAAGCUUGUAGAGAUUCGGGUAAGAUACAAUCACAAUUUUGUUUACUGGGAACAAGAGAGUUAUAUGUACCAAAUGUUCUGACAAUUUUGUAAGACAGGUUAAAAUUUUCGUAGUAUUGAUUCUGCUGGCUCCUCUUGAGUCCUCCCUUUCGUUUC